AUGGCUACCGAUCUGAGGGUACCCCUCUCCGAUGCUGAAAAGAGCUGUGCUCCGCGCACGGUGUGUGUUACGGGCGCGACGGGCUACCUCGCCGGCUUGGUAGUGCAGCGCCUGCUGGCGUCGGGGCACACCGUCCACGGCACGUGCCGAAGCCCCGACAACGAGGCGUUGGUGGCAGGGCUGAAGGCGCUGCCCGGCGCUGGAGAACGGCUGAAACUGUUCAAGGCAGACCUGCUGACCGCGGGAUCGUUCGACGCGGCGGUGCGCGGCUGCCAAUGUGUGAUGCACACCGCGUCGCCGUACGUCGUGGAGCGGACGCAGGGGAGGGAGAGGGAGAUGCUGAUCGAGCCCGCUGUGCGGGGAACCGAGAACGUCCUGGAAUCGGUCACCAGGUGUGAGAGCGUGACGCGCGUGGUGCUGACGUCCUCAUGCGCAGCCAUCUACGGUGAGGCGGACGAGAAGGGUGAGGGCCACAUCUUCAGUGAGGAAGAUUGGGAUGAGGCUGCCACCGAGACGCACCUGCCAUACAGCUACAGCAAGCGCGUAGCAGAGGAGAAAGCUUGGGAGAUGUGCAAGAAGCAGUCUAGGUGGACCAUGUGCGCAAUGAACCCCUCGCAGAUAUUUGGCCCUCCGACCUCCAGUCGAACGGACGGCGUGUCUGUGAGCAUGGUCAAGACCCUCAUGACAGGGGGCAUGUGGCCGGCGGCUCCAGCGAUUGGGCUUGGUGUUGUCGACGUGAGAGACGUCGCAGCCGCGCACUGUCGCGCCAUGGCGAAGGAUGAUGCUUCAGGGAGGUACAUCCUUUGCUCUCGGUCUCUCCACCUUCUGGAGAUCGCCGCGCUGCUUCGGGAAAAGUUCCCCAAGGCUUGUUGGCUGCCAAGGUACAAGGCUCCUAAAGCACUCGUGGUCGCCCUGGCGCCGCUGCUGGGGAUGGGAAGAGACAUCGCCAGGUCGCAAAUCAACAAGACGCCACUCUUCGACAACUCGAAGGCCAAGCGAGAGCUGGGGAUGGAGUUCAUUGAUCCCAGCGAGACGCUGGAGGAUCAGGUGAACGGCAUGGUGAAGCUGGGCAUUAUGCAAAAGAAGUUCUGA